ACAAGUAAAGGCCCAAACACUUAAAACAUUCAUAAAAAAGUGAGUUAUGUUUCCUCUUUCUACUCCUCUCUCUUCUUAUCCUCCGCCAUUCCCACUCUCUCUCUCCUUUCUUCUUCCUUCUUCUUCUCCAUCAUUCUCCCCUAAAUUAAUUUCCAGAAAUUUAAUCAUGAGUUCCGCUGAACCCACUAAAGAAACCCUAAUUUCUACUGACGAACAAUCCAAUGAAAUUUCUUCCAAAACUUAUUUCGACAUUUAUGGACCUCAGGCAAAAGCUGAGGUUGUGCUUAAUACACCGGAGGCUAAUUCUACUCUGAGUUUGGAAGAUGUUCAAGGGUUGGUAACAUGGGUGCUUGCUGAUGGUUAUAUGCCUCCUUGGGUUUUUAUCAAAAACAAGCCCCUCAUCCCGAAAGUCGCACUUCUAUAUGUUCCAGGUCUUGAUGCAGCAUUAUAUAUGUCACACACAAAAAAGUUCAGCAAUUUAAAAAAGUGUUGCGGGAAUCCAAAGGCUGUCCAGGCUUUAAGCUGUUUAUUAGAUGGUAUUCAGACAAUUGAUGCCCUUCUGACAUGCAAGUUCAAAAGGAAAAGAGAUGAACCUGAUUUAGCCCCCAAGAUACCUAACGAGUCUUCUGUGAAAGAAAUGAAUACCAUUCUAAAAAAAUUAUCCCCAACUGAGUUCAUGAAGAAUAUACCAUUCCCUCUGACAUAUUACACUCUCACUGCAAAACAGCUGGAGGAUAAUGGAUAUUGCCUCAAUCAACCUGGUUUCUGUUCUACCCUCCCUGCACCUCCUGGGCCUUCUCCUUGUGAAAUGUUGGCUCUUGAUUGCGAGAUGUGUAUCACAUGCAAUGGAUUCGAGCUGACGCGGGUGACCCUCGUAGAUGUUGAAGGUCAGGUUAUGUUGGACAAGCUGGUGAAGCCAUCGAAUCCAAUUACUGAUUACAACACAAGAUAUAGUGGAAUCACGCCAGAAAUGUUGUCUGAUGUAUCUACUAGUCUUCAAGACAUUCAGGAAGAAUUUUUGAAGCUUGUUUAUAAAGAGACGAUCUUGAUUGGGCACUCAUUGGAGAAUGACUUGUUGGCAUUAAAAGUGUCACAUGAUUUAGUUAUUGAUACUGCAAUAUUAUACAAGCAUCCUCGUGGGGGCUCAUAUAAAACAGCUCUUCGGGUGCUUGCCAGAAGAUUUCUUUCUAAACAGAUACAAGAUUCAGAAUGUGGCCAUGACAGCAUUGAGGAUGCAAGGACAGCUAUGGAACUGGCUUUGCUAAAGAUUAAAAAUGGGCCUGAUUUUGGCUCACCUCGACAAUUUUUGCGAAAGAAGCUUCUCAAUGUGUUAAGUGAGUCUGGCAAAACAUCAUCUUUCAUUGAUGAUAUUUCGAUUGUGAAGCGUUAUUCUUCUGGGACAUGCCAUGCAUUUCCUGUCUCAUCUGAUGAUGAUGCACUAUCUAGAGCUUCAAAAGAGGUAAAAAAUAACAAGGUGCACUUUGUGUGGACUCAGUUCUCGGAAAUAAAUUCCUAUCUUAAAAAACAAGCUGACGACGACGAAAAAUUUAAUGCACGGCUUGCAGAGUUGAUGGCAUUUCUCACUUGUCAAAAUAAGUCUUCUGCAAGGAAGGGAAUAAAGUGUAGUUUACCUUCAACAUUCAAAGAGAUCCUAACCCGUACAGAUUCCAGAAUUUACAAGCUCUAUUCUAAUCUACCUGUGAAUAGUAUGUUUAUUGUAUUUACCGGUCAGGGAGACACUGCAAUAAUCCACAGAUUGCGAAAGAUGUUGACAGAAGAAUCCAAAACCGAAGUAUGCCGUGAAAAACUCAUUAAGGUCUUGGAAGAACUCCAGGCCCAGGCUGAAGUAGGUCUGUGUUUUGUGGGAAUAAAACAUUGAUUUCUAAUUGUUAAACAGGAUGUUCAACAUCAUGUAUACCAUUUGUAGAUGUAAAACCCAGAAUGAAGAGCACUAUCCAGAAUUUUAUAAUAUACUAGUUUUGUGCCCCGGCGAUACCCGGGUAGUUUAUGGACUUUUAAGAUAAAAUUAACUUUUAAAUUGAAAAUAGAAUUCUAAAUUAA